AUGGCUCGAUCUCACGAGCAUGUCACUAGUACUGUGCGCAAGACAACGACGAUCCUUCCUGCCUUUUCUACACCCCGUUUUGGCAAGAGUAAAACCCCUCCACUCGCGCUUCCUUCCAAUGGAGACCACUUGUAUAUCAGCAUAUCUUCUACGGAUACCACCCCUCCCUCUGCCUCUGUGUCAAGUGUCCCAAGUAAACGCCCUUCCCUGGAUGCCCACAUAGAUCAAGAACAUACGGGGCCAACAAAGCGUCCGAGAAUUGACACCGCACCGGGCAAGGAGAAUGGAUUCAUCUCUGAUGUGAAGGGCAAGGCAAGAGAGCUCCCGUUGAAUCGGACAUUAGACUUCCACGCCCCAGGCCCCAUCAAUCCAUCGCCUAUCAAGCAUUCUGCUUAG